UCACACACACUCAGAUCCACGCGUUCAGCCUGGAAACACACCAAGCUGCAAACCUGAGCCCACAGCCCUCCUUCAUCAGAGGAGCCACCAACACCUGGAGCAGAAACUUUUCUCCUCCUGUCACUGCGCAGGAAACUUUCACCCAUGCGGGACAUGCGGGGGCUCGGGGCUUUGUUGGCCGCCUUUGCGGUCCUCUUGGCCGGGUCGAGGAGCUCCGAGGCCGGAGUGAGGAGGCAGAGCGAGGCGGUGAACGGUUCCACCACCUGCCCUGACCGCUGCCGCUGCGAGGGGGACGGGCUGCUGCACCGGGCGGACUGCUCGGACCUGGGGCUGCGGGAGAUACCGAGCAACCUGAGCGUGUUCACCUCCUACCUAGAUCUCAGCAUGAAUAACCUGACUGUGGUGUCCAGUGGAGCUCUAUCCAACCUGCACUUUCUGGAGGAGCUACGUUUAGCAGGAAACGAUCUGUCCUUCAUCCCCAAAGGAGCGUUCAACGGCCUCUACAACCUAAAAGUGCUUAUGCUGCAGAACAACCAGCUGACUUCUGUUCCUGCUGAAGCCUUUAACAACCUUCACAACCUUCAGUCACUCCGUCUGGAUGCCAAUCACAUCGUCAACGUCCCACCCGGCUGUUUCUCUGGACUGCGGUCGCUUCGCCACCUCUGGCUGGAUGACAACUCUCUGACCGAAGUCCCGGUCGAGGCUCUGGAAGAGCUGCCGACCCUGCAGGCCAUGACGCUGGCCCUCAACCACAUCGCUCACGUCCCGGACGACGCGUUCAGCAAGUUGGGUCGCCUGGUGGUGCUGCAUCUCAACAACAAUAGGAUCGUUUCCAUGGGCACCAACUGCUUCCACGGACUCCACAGCCUGGAGACGUUGGAUUUAAACUACAACAGCCUGGUUGAGUUUCCUACAGCCAUCCGCUCUCUCAGUCACCUCAAAGAGCUAGGUUUUCAUAGCAACAACAUCCAGUCCAUUCCAGAACAUGCCUUCACUGGGAACCCCUCACUGAUCUCUUUAUUUUUCUACGACAAUCCAAUUCAGUCUGUGGGACGGUCGGCCUUUCAGAACCUGCCAGAGCUUCGGACACUAUCUCUGAAUGGAGCAGCAGAACUCACAGAGUUUCCAGAUCUGACAGGAACCAAGAGUCUGGAGAGCCUGACCAUCACUGGAGCUCAGAUCACUUCUCUACCCGGCUUCAUGUGUGAGGAGCUUCCAAACCUCCAGCUGCUCGACCUCUCGUAUAACAAGAUCCAGACUCUUCCAAGCUUCUCUGGCUGUGAGAGCCUCCAGAAGAUUGAUCUUCACCAUAACGAGAUAGAGGAGCUGAGGGAGAACACCUUCACGGGGCUGAUGAGCCUUCGCUCACUGGAUUUAUCCUGGAAUCGUUUAUCAUCCGUGGAGCCAAACUCGUUCUUUGCUCUGACUGCUCUCUCCAAACUGGACCUUUCGUCCAAUCAGCUGUCUUCUCUCCCUCUUACUGGUCUGCAGAGUUUAACUCGCAUUCGGCUGGUGGGAAACGAUCAGCUGAUGGAGUUAAUACCCCGAGAAGAUCUGCCACGAGUCAGGGUGAUGGAGCUUCCUUAUGCUUUCCAAUGCUGUGCCUUCAUCUCCUGUGAGAAGAAAGGAGGAGAAGAAGGAGGUUUAUCCUGGGAGAGGGAGGAAGCAGCAGACUCCACUGCAAUAGAUCCUCCUUUCCCUUCCAGCCAAGUGGACCAGGACUGGGACGAUUUUCUCAUGCAGUUUGAAGACGAGCCCAAACCUCAACACUCUGUUCACUGCAGCCCAACUCCAGGACCGUUUCGUCCCUGCCUCCGUCUGCUUGGCAGCUGGAUGAUCAGAGGCGGGGUCUGGCUCAUCGCUGGAAUCUCAUUGGUCAGCAACGGUCUUGUGGUCCUCUCCGUCUUCUUUUCUCCAGCAAGCAGGGUCACACCCCCCAAGCUCCUGAUUGGCCUGCUGGCUCUGGUGAACGGGCUGAUGGGCGUGUGGGGCGGCUGGCUGGCGGCGGUGGACGCCUGGACGUUCGGCAGCUUCUGGAGGUACGGGGUGGAGUGGGAGAGCAGCUCCCUGUGUCGCCUCAGCGGCUUCCUGUGUGUGUUUGCAUCCCAGACCGGCCUCUUCCUGCUGACGCUGGCGGCCCUGGAGCGAUGCUUGUCUGCCGCAGGUGCAACUCAGAGCAACAGAACCGAAAGCAACAACGGUCACUCCAUGUCGCCGCUCUUCAUCCGUUUCUCCGUCUGUCUGUGCUUCCUGCUGGGCUUCAUCAUCACCCUGCCUCCGCUGGUGGUGGGUGAGAGUAGCUCCUCCUUCUGUCUGCCCCUCCCUUCGUCCUCCUCGUCCUCCUCCAUGGCCUUUUCAGUCUCCUUGGUGCUCUUCGACUCCCUCUGUUUCCUCGUCAUGACGCUGGCCUACACUCGCCUUUACUGCCAUGCCGGCAAAGCUCUGCCCGCCUCAGACGAAGAGGCGGCGUUGACUCGUCACGUCGCCUGGCUGCUCUUCUCCGACUGCCUCCUUUACCUCCCAGUCGCCUUCCUCUCCUUCUCCUCCCUCCUGCGGCUCCCCGCCGCCGGGCCAGAGGCGGCAAAAGGAGUCCUGCUGCUCGUGGCGCCGCUACCGGCCUGCAUAAACCCCCUCCUCUACCUCCUCUUCAACCCGCUCGCCAGAGGGGAGUUGGCAGCACUGGCGACACGCGCCUGCGUGGGUGCAGUGGCGUCUAAAUUACAAAGAAGGGGAGCUUCUGGAGGACGGCCGCUGGAUUCAACAUACGACGAGGACGCAGAGAAGCAGUCAUGUGACUCUACGCAGGCGCUGGUGGUCGUUGAAGGUGUUAAAGAGGAAGAGGAGCAGCGGAGCAAAAUGCAGCAGUUGCUGUCAGUCGACCAACAUUGUUAAAUGGACACAAACUCCCACUUGUAGCAUUUAUUGGUCUCCCCUGACGAAAGCUGGAAUACCCUGUCAGAUUGGACCCGUGUGGAAUGUCCAGGUGGAGGGUUAGCUCAGUCAUUAAACAUCACAGAUGGUUUAUUCUAUCAGAACCUUGAAAUUCUGUUUCACUAUUAGGGUUUAAAGUGAUUGGGCCUUUUUUUUUAACCUCAUCUGUUCCCCUUUUCAGCCAUUCUGAUGUAGACUCUCAGUCUGUUUGGGGUCACCACUCUGCUUGGUCCAUUGUUUGACAUUUGACCCCAGAGAGGAGGUCCGCUCAGUGAUCAGAGGUUCCUACCAGGUUCUGUAUGGAUAGAUUUCUGGUCCAUUAAUGUUGCAAAGAACACAUUUUAUAAAUGGAAAUGUGAGAAAAGUGCAAUCAAGAAAUGAAACUUCAAAACGUUUCAAUCCAAAACAGGUUUGGAGAGGGAAUUGGCUGUUUUCCCAGAUUUGUUUUCUCUCUAAAAUUAAAUUUACAAAUUAAAUUCUAGAGAUUUUAUAUUUACUUAAUGUUUACUUUUUUUCAUUUUUACAAAUUUUUUAAUUUUAUUUUUCAAACUCCACUUUUUCAGAUGUAUUUUUACGUUUUGCUUUCUUUUCAAAUUGCAUCACAUUCUCUUCACUUCAAGCCCAUUCCAGACGCUGGCUCUUGACCAAUGAAAAUGUUGAUAACUUCCAGCAGACCAAUAGAAAUUCAUCUUCUUUCCUCACUCCAGAGGAAAUCCCGCCCCUAGAAGUGAAGAGAGUUUGAUCAGGAAAAACGUAAUUUGAAAAUAAUGCAAUUCAUGAAACUCAAUCUGAAAAAAAAAAUAAAAAUGUUUUCUUUAAAAAAGAAAGAAAUUAAAAUAAUAAAGUAAUUAAAUAAAAUUCACUGCUAGUCAUCUGGCUGCAAAACAAGCCCAGAUCAUCAGUCUUCCUCCACCGUGCCUGAAAGAACACAAUGCUUGUUUAAGCAUGUGUUGGAGUUUAGCCGCAGUGGAUGGAAAACUGAAUUCUGCUCUCUGCUGUCCUCCAUCAGAGUUGGACUUUAAAGUCGAGCACGUUUCGGUUUGACGUCGGAACAACGAUCCAAAGAAUGGCAGAAAGUUGACCUCUAAUUGGGCUAAAAAAUCUGAAGUUAAAUGGGAUCAAACAGGAUAUCAAUGCUGGGAAACCUUUCCAAUGUGGCUGAAUUACAACAAUUCUGCAAAGAGAAGGGGGGCAAUCAUUAGAGGGAUGGAGCUACCAGGUAUUAGGUUUAGGGUGGAGGUCUUCAACAGGGGGUCCGCGACACCUAGGGGGUCCUCAGAGGUACUGCAUGGGGGUCGCGACAGUUUUGAUUAGACUUUUUUUUUUAAUAUUCCCCCCUGCAAUUUUUUCCACUAAUUGAAAUGUCUUUAAAUUCACAUUAACAUUUCAGUGUCGCAAUAGUUCCUAAGAUAUUUUUUCCUGAUCUUUAGAGAUUUUUAUACACCACCUCCAGUGGUAAUCCAAUCUAAAUGAGGUCCAAAGGUCACUUAAAUCCAGCCAGUUGGCUACUGGGACCAGUUUAAGAUGGUUCAAUGAUUUUCAUUCCACCCUCCCCAGCUUUUGUCAGGUGACAUCAAACCUACAGGUCCAGCAAAUGUAGCAGCAGCUAAAGAAGAGAAGCUCGCCAUGAACUCACAUUUCUAGUUUUCCUUUGUUUUUGUUUUCUUCCUGUCCAGUCUGAGACGCCGGCAGGAAUCAUGAAGGGUUUCGUUUUAAAAACACACUUUUACAGCAACGCGCCACCAAAUGUUCACGCUAGCAGCUCGUGUUUCUGCAGGCGGGUGUGAAAACUGCAGCAUGCGUGAGAGCUUCGUCACAGAGUCAAACCUCAGCCCGAAGGAGUGAGGUCAUCAGGUCAUCAUUUCAGUCCACAUAGUGACAUCUAGUCUGGCCUCGUGUUCACGCCGCAGGAGGCUGCUGCAUUUAAGAAUCUGUUUUAGUGAGUAAACCGUGUUGUAAAAAGGCGCUACUGUGACAAUCGAUAAAGUGUGUAGACUGUGAGAUAUGUUUGUUUUUUGAGGAUUUUAUUGUCUGUAUAAUACAGCUGUUUUUUUUUAACUCUCGUCGUUUUUAUGUGUCGUGUAAAGUGCUGAUUGUGAACACUGUUUCUCCACAAACGUGACCUCAAAUACUUUCUCAUUUUCUCACCUCUCCUACAUUUGGGGCAGAAACGUUUCUAACUUCAUUUAUUUAUUUCUUUUUAUUAAAUUCCCACGUUAUCUUUCCUUCUUUUUUUCUUUUAAAGAAAUUAAACUUUGCUCUCUGUGAUGUUUUACAGUAAAUAAAUUGACC